UGGUUUAGAUUUAAUUAUUGUUAAGAACAGAUCAUUUUUGAAUGACUUAAUUGAUUAAUCACAUUUAUAUAUAUGUAGGAUUGUAUUCGUUACGAGGAACAAAAAUCAUGCACGGUUUCGAACUGAUAUCGCAAGGUGCCGAAGCGUGUCUCUACAAAGGGAUAUACUUAGGUAAACCUACAAUAGUUAAAGAGAGAUUCGUUAAAGGUUAUAGACAUCCAGAUUUAGAUAAACGUUUAACAAAGGAUAGAAUAAAGGCUGAGGCACGGGCUAUCGUUCGUGCUAAAUCUGCAGGCGUACCGACACCUGCGUUAUAUCUGAUCGAUUUGGAUCGCCGUAGCAUCUAUAUGGAGCAUAUGGAAAAUACAAUAGUUUUAAAAAAUUAUAUCGAUGAAAAUGUAUCAGAUAAAGUUAACGUAGAACAUAUAGUUAAGUUUAUAGGAAAAGGAUUAGGAUUAGUUAUUGCUAAGUUGCAUUCAAAAAAUAUAGUCCAUGGAGAUUUGACAACUUCAAAUGUUCUUUUAAAAAAUAUUUCAGAUGGAACAUGGACUGAGGAUGAAGCUUUAAACCAUUUUGUUAUGAUUGAUUUUGGAUUGGCACGAAUUGAUUCCACUGUGGAAGAUAAAGCAGUUGAUAUAUACGUUCUUGAAAGAUCUUUGCUUAGUGCUCAUUCAGAAGUAUCCACUCUUUUUCCACUGAUUUAUGAAAGCUAUCAAAAACAUUAUGCGAAUAAAGCUCAAUGCAAGGAGAUAGUUAAUAAAUAUGAAGAAGUACGAGCUCGCGGACGCAAACGAUUGAUGAUUGGAUGAUCAUUAAUGGAAUUGUUUUUAAUAAAGACGAGUUGUUUGUUAAAUAUGAA